ACAAAAAUAUUGUCAUAAACCUGUUUAAGGGUUUUUCUGUCACCGUGACUCUCACAAAGUCUCUCAGCCGUACAAGGAGAAAACAAUGCCUCGCACGACCACCGUCGACUGCCCUGGCUGUCCUCCACUUCGAGCCUUGACUUUCGAUGCGCUUGGACUCAUCAAAGUAAUCGAAGCUCCAGAGAAAAGAGGAGUUGCCAAAGUGGUGGAGAGAUGGGGAGAUCCUGAUGCUUCCAAAUGUGUGCUUGCCGCUUCCAUGAAUGACCGCAAAAUCGACCCCUUAUUAGCUGUUGCAAGAAAAAAUGGUGUGAUUGAGAUACUUAAUCCCCUUAAUGGUGAACUUUCCCGUAUGGUUUCCGAUGUUAGUAAUGCUGGUGUUAGGCCAGAAGAUGAUGCUAUUGCUGGGCUGCAUUUGUUCAGAAGACACAGAGUGGAGUUAACCCCCAGGUCAUGCACUUUGCUCACAUGUAAAACAAAAGGAAAUGCAAGCAUAAAAACUGUUGAUCUUGCUGAUACUCAAGCUGAUUCUGGUGCCCCAAAAACAUGGAACGUAUGUGGCUCUGGUAAUAUCUUGUUUUCUGAAGUGGAUGGGAGUGAAAGCUAUGCCUUAUUCGGAGGGAAGGGUGUUGAAGUUAACAUGUGGGAUCUUGAAAACUGUACUAAGAUUUGGACUGCAAAGCCUCCUCCUGCAAACAGCCUUGGUAUUUUUACUCCUACUUGGUUUACAUCUGCAACAUUUCUUAGCAAAGAUGAUCAUCGUAAAGUUGUGGCUGGUACCAAUAACCAUCAGGUUCGCCUCUAUGAUAUUUCUGCCCAACGAAGACCAGUUGUAUCAAUUGACUUCAGGGAGACCCCUAUAAAAGCAGUUGCAGAAGACCUAGAUGGUCAUACAGUUUAUAUAGGGAAUGGAUCUGGUGACCUUGCUUCUGUGGAUAUACGCACAGGUAAAUUGUUAGGAUGCUUUUUGGGGAAGUGUUCUGGAAGCAUCCGAUCCAUUGCCCGGCACCCUGAACUUCCUGUGAUAGCAUCUUGCGGCUUGGACAGUUAUUUGCGCAUUUGGGACAUCGGAACAAGGCAACUUCUCUCAUCGGUUUUCCUGAAGCAGCAUCUUACAAAAGUUGUUUUCGAUACUAAUUUUACCGAAGAAGUUAAACACGUUGCAGCCGAUUUGGCAGUGCAUGAAGCACAGAGCAUAGGUGAAAUUGAAACCGCAGAUGAAUCUGAAAAACCGGCUAUGAAAAGGAAGAAGUCAUCAUCUAAAGAAAAUAAAGAGGGCAAAAAGAAAAAGAAGUCAUCUAAAGAAAAGGAGGGAAUAAAGAAGUUGAAAUCCAAGAAAAGAAGCAAAAAUCAAGAACAUGACAUUGCUGCAGCUGAUGAUGCAUAGAUAAAAUUAUUUACUUGCACUGAAAUGCUGAGGUUUCAGAACUCAAAUAUAUACACUAUGAUACGGAUGGCAUGGUGAAGGAGCAUGGGGAAGAUGGUUUAAAACUUUAACAAAGGAUGUGUUGGUCUAUGGCUGUUUUGAUAGAAAAUAUACCAAUGAUGAAAAAACUGGACCAAACAUGCCUGUUCGAUCGGGAUCCAAUAGGUGUGAUGUUUCAAUUGUAUGAAUGUAACUGAAAAUUUUAAGAACCAGUGACAACUGUUAACUUCAUAAAAACGUGGAUGUAUUGGAAUUUUGUUUACUUCUUUC